UUGUUCUUUUCCCCAAGAUAAAAAGAAGUUGCCAGCAUGGUUGAAAACUCGCCAGCACCAUUGCCUGAAAGAGCUAUAUAUGGCUUUGUUCUUUACUUAGGCUCCCAGUUUGUCUUUAUUCUAUACCUUGUUUGGGCCUACAUACCUGAAUCCUGGCUAUUCUCAUUGGGAUUAACGUACUGGCCUCAAAAGUUCUGGGCUGUUGCUUUGCCUGCAUACCUUUCAGUUAGUGUGGGAAUAGGCUAUGUACUUCUCUUUGGAAUUAAUAUGAUGAGUACUGCUCCAUUGAACUCCACACAUACAAUUACAGACCACUAUGCAAGAAAUCAGAAACCGAAGAAACCACAAAAAGAAGCUAUUCCUGCAUUAAGGGAUAUUCCCAUUAGUGAAGUAAACAGAAUGUUUUUCCUGACUGGCAGAGCAGUUUGCAAUCGGAACUGAUGUAAGGGAAUA